GAAACAUAUUUCGCUGUGUGUUUUAUUAUCAUCACUGGUUGGACCUGGUUAAUCCACAGACUGGCUAAAUACAUUCAAUUAAACUUCCCAUACCUAGUAUUUCGCUUCCCUACACCAGUCUAUUUUAACUAUACUCCCCUUCCAACAUGUCUCAAUCUAGAGUCGAAGAGCAAAAGAAAGCCGUCGUGGCAGCCACGGCAGCUCAACAGAGUGAUAAUAUAGCGCAUGCAUUGGCUGGUGCUGGAGGCGGAAUUCUGUCGAUGGUCUUGACGUACCCCCUUAUUACAUUGUCAACAAGAGCUCAAGUUGAAUCAAAGCGUGCCCAGUCUACGACUCUCGAUGCCGUUCGUCGCAUUGUCCAGCGGGAGGGGAUCUCCGGACUUUAUUCAGGUCUCGAAUCGGCGCUUUUUGGAAUUAGUGUCACUAACUUUGUUUAUUACUACUGGUAUGAGUGGACGCGGGCUGCGUUCGAGAAGGCAGCAAAGAAAGCCGGUCGGGUCUCGAAGAAACUCACAACCGUUGAAUCUAUGAUUGCCGGCGCCAUUGCUGGGAGCGCGACGGUACUGAUAACAAAUCCUAUCUGGGUCGUCAACACUCGAAUGACGGCUCGGAAGGCUGAAUCGGAAGAGCAAGCUCUGCCUGGUGGUGCGCCGGCGAGGAAGGCAUCGAAAUCAACGAUUGGUACACUGAUGGAGCUCCUUCAACAGGAUGGCCCGAAGGCGCUCUUCGCCGGCGUCAUCCCGGCACUUAUUCUGGUGAUAAAUCCCAUUCUUCAGUAUACUAUCUUCGAGCAGCUGAAAAACUAUGUGGAGCGACGCAAGCGCAUAACACCAACGGAUGCAUUUUAUCUUGGUGCCCUAGGAAAAAUCCUGGCCACCAGCAUCACCUAUCCAUACAUCACAGUUAAAAGUCGUAUGCAUGUAGCCAGCAAAGAUAAGGCUAAAGAGAGUAUAAACGAAAGCCUGAAGAGAAUUGUGAAAGAGGAGGGUUAUGUGGGUCUAUAUAAAGGCAUCGGACCAAAGGUUACCCAAAGUGCGAUUACUGCAGCAUUUCUGUUUGCAUUCAAAGAUGUCUUGUAUAACUUGAUGGUAUCUGUUCGGGGGAGGAGCCGGUCUAUCGCCAAGUAAUGGUUCUUGAGAUGUUUCAACUACGAAGAGUAUCUCGGUGUCUCCUGUGGAGAGAUGGCUUCGCUAUACGAUUGUGGCCGCCGUACUGAAGUCUACUUAAAUGAUUGACUCUCAUCAUUUAACACAACGCUCAGUACGAAAUGGAAGGCAUUCAGAAUGCGAAUAGGAGUUGUUAUAGUCGAUUCCCAAAAGCAUGUAUUAUAAGAACGUCUGAAUGACGUGAGACAGUCAAGAUGAAGCUUUCCCUUAAGUCAACUUAAGACUGUAUAUAAUAUACCACCGAUCUACCACAAUUGAACUUAUUGUUUUCGGCGCUGCGACAAGCAGCCCGCUCCUGUACAUAGUAUAUACUAAGUUUCUAUAUCUGCGUACGACCAACCAUCGCCUUGAGAGCCUAAUAAAG